GACACUCAGUCAAACAUUCAGACCCAUGCUGAAUCAUUCACCAAAGAUAAAAGACACUCUGUUGGCCUGAAAAAGGGAAAAAGGGAGGGAGGGAGAGCGAAGAAGAGCAGCAGUGGUUCCCUCCUUUUUCAUUCACUUCCUCUCUCCCUCUGCACUGAGGAGACCUCACUGCUCAGCCUGCACUCGCCUCAACUUGUGGCUGGCAAUCCCAAUGGCUCCCGGAUUAUCUUCUCCGGGCAGCCUGGAGUUUCUUCAGGGCAGCAGAUACUGACUUCUCCAGAGAUGACCCAUGAGGUGGUCAUCUCCCCUGGACUGCCUACUCCUCCUCUGAGCCCGUUUCGCUCUGCAAGGAUGCCAACUGGAGAGUUCAAGGUUUCAGAAGUGAAUGGAAGUAGCCCAACAACUCUCAGCUUUGGAUCAUACUAUGGCCCCUCACAAUCACAUGGUGGACUGGCCAAUGGUGUCCAGAGCUCUGCCACUUUACCACGCAGCUGGGCUCCCACCAGGGAGGAGAGGCUUAUCAAGUUCUCCGGCAUCGGUCCAGUGGAUGAAACUGGGAUGCCCAUUGCCUCCAGAUCCAGUGUGAACAAGCCCAGAGACUGGUACAAGAGCAUGUUCAGACAGAUUCACAAGAAGCCAGAGGAAUCUGAGCUGGAGGAUUCAGAGCGGUGGUCAGUCGAGCGGCUCCAGUUAUCUGCCAAGACAGAAGAAAGUAAUGACGCAGAAAAGAAUCUCUUCAGACUGACACCGUAUGGAGCGCUACCAGACUGGAGUGAGGAUGUAGAUAAGCUGUCAGACCCGGGAAAGCAGCACCCUCAACCGAAGAGCAUAUUCGACUUUGAGCCAGGAAGGAGCAACACUUUAGAAAGCCACAGCCAGACUCAUCUAUCCUCGAAAAAACAUCCUGAAAAACCAAAGUCCCCUUCAAUUGAGGCCAGUCUGGUCUCUGAGCUGAGUCGAUUUGAGGCUGAGCUGGACUCGGAGAUCCAGGGCCUGGAGAGGAGACUUUCCCAGAAGAAGCAGCGUCGAGGCCGGGGUGAGGAGGCCAGAGGCAGGGAACCAGUAACUACUCCAAAGACUGGAACUGCAAACUACAGCAAUUCAUCAGCAUCCAAGCAGCCCGUCCGUCACUCUGUUGGCACAUCAUUGUCUUCCGCCCCCACAUAUGUAGAACAUCUUUCCCCUGCAAAUGAAAUCAUGGAGCUCCCGCAUAAGAAAGAGGAGAAAAAGAUGAAAGCAGCGCGAGUCAAGUUCAGUUUCCAGGCUCAGUCACCCAAGGAGCUCACACUGCAGAAAGGCGACAUUGUUUACAUCCAUAGGCAGGUAGAUGCCAACUGGUUUGAAGGAGAACAUCAUGGAAGAGCUGGUAUUUUCCCCACAUCUUAUGUGGAGAUUCUGCCUCCUACAGAGAAGCCAACACCCAUAAAGUCUCCCACUCUGCAGGUGUUGGACUACGGAGAAGCUGUGGCUCUUUAUAACUUCAACGCUGACCUACCCGUUGAGCUGUCUUUUCGUAAAGGUGAGGUGAUCAGUGUAACCAGGCGCGUUGAUGAUAAGUGGUUGGAGGGGAGGAUCUCAGGGACCAGCCGGAGCGGCAUCUUCCCAGCAACAUAUGUCCAGGUCAACAAGAUGCCGCGCACCAAAUACUCCACGGACGACUAUUCACCAGGCCCUAUGUCUCCUGUCUCCCCUGGACCUCAGAGUCCAGGACGCCCACUCCACUCACCCUGUCCGCGGUCACCAUUGUCCCCUUUCACCCCCACUUCCCUCAGCCCCAAACCUGAGCACUCCCCCCUGAAGCCGUCUUCACCUGUACCUUAUGGUGGCUCAGCUUCACAGUCACGCUCCCCCACCCAGACACCUGCACAAAUGGCCAAUCAGUGGCCCCACAGCACCUCCAAAACUGCUUCUCCCACCAACCAGAACAGCCACUGGGCUGGGACACCCUCAGCUAACCAGAGCGCUACAGCUAGAGUUGUUUCACCUCCCAUACAGUCGUCAGCGUCUGCACACAGAGCAGGAGCUACCACAGCGAACACUCCCAGAUACACUGUCCCCUCACAGGGUGCAAUACCAAACCAGGCUGCUCCGUCUAAUCCGCAUGUCAGUGCCCAGCUACAACCACAAGUCCCAGACAAACCCGGGUCAAAAGUGGUGCGACACCAACCAUAUAAAGCUGUUUAUAACUACAAACCACAGAAUUCAGAUGAGUUGGAGCUCAGAGAAGGAGAUAUUGUACAAGUGAUGGAGAAAUGUGAUGAUGGCUGGUUUGUAGGUACGUCAGAACGGACUCAUGCUUUUGGGACUUUUCCCGGGAAUUACGUGGCACCAGUUUGACUCCCUCACUUCCUGCUUGCCCACAUCUGUCUGGACUCAUAAGAGCCCAACUAAUAACUCCAGCUCACUCCAGCAGAUCCUGCUUUGACACCCCAGCAUUCCUUCAUCCCGUUACCCACCACACUCCCAAACCUGGUUAAGUCAGACCUGCAUGUUCAUUUGGUUUCCCAGAACAGAGGUGAAGGCAGGGCCAUUGUGUGGUUUCUCACCUCCCUGCAUGAGUGUGUGCAUGUGUGUGUGUGUGUGUGUGUGUGUGUGUGUGUGUGUGUGUGUGUGUGUGUGUGUGUGUGUGUGUGUGUGCGCGUGUUGCAUUGAGACUUGGAGAGUGUUUUCACACACACCACUUGAGAGGAAAGACUGAAUGCUGAUGAUACUGUUUCAAAUGCGAUGAAUAGUCUUUUUUGUUCCACAACUAUUUGCAGCUGCAGGAAAUUUGCAUUCCUUCCCACUGUUCUUUCUGAGGUCCUGAUACAAUAUGAUGCUGCAUUCAGCUUUUUGUCACCACAGUGCCAUCACAAACCACUGCUUAGAAUUUUGAAUGAGGACGGCACAUUUUUCUAGCAAUGAUUAUUAAUGUUUCCUUCAAAUAUCUCCCCCAGAUUUUCUUUCAGAUCUCUGAAAAUACCCUGGGCAAGUUUGCAGAAACAACAUGAACAUCUGUAGAUUUGUGCUUAAUGUAAAGCAAAGUAAGUGCUCAGACAUGUCAAGAGAAAAGUAUAAUUAGUGCAUGUAGUGGUUUCAUAAGCAAGUUGUUCAUUAUAGAAUAUGUGGCUUUUUUUGAUGACAUUUGUCCUUCAUAAGCCAUGGAGUGGAUUGCCGAAGGUGACAGUAAAGUGGCAGGUCAUGUUCUUUGUUGUAAUGGAAGUUAUUUUGCUCUGGAAUGACAUUUUAAACCUCUGUAAGUCGUACAAGAUCAUCCUUGUUGAAUAGCCCUAAGUUAAAUCUAGACAAUGCCUCCACAGCAAAUGGUUGGAUGAUAUUUUGAAGUAUUUGAAGUAAUGCUGUAUGUGCCAAAUCUAACCUUUAAUAACAUUUCUUUUUUAAUUAUCCACUGAACAAUCCCAGCUCACUUGAUUUCUGCUAUCUUUGCUACUGCUGCUUUUACAAUGUUUUCUCUGCUUAGGGAGUUAACAUUCGCACUCUGAAAACAGUAUUCAGAAAAUCACUUAUGUUUUCGCCAGUGUCGUCCUCGAUGAGUGUGAUCUCUAAGCCUAAAUGGAAAUCCUCAUCAUGAAGUGAUUUUUGCCAUUUUAUAUGAUAACGUCAUGAUUUCACUGUAAAAAUAAACCAUACUUGGUAAACAAGAGAUGAUUGUACAGACUGUAACCUUUUAUCAAAUUGAAAGUAUAAUAUAUAUUUGCUUAUAAAACAAUGUAUCUGACAUGUAUGGUACGCACUUUUUUAAAAGCAAUUAGACAUUACAGAGUGAUACUGAAA